AUGGGGAUGGCCGGGGGCCGAAAUCGCUUGCUUGACUUGCGCCACAAAAGAGCCGAAUCCAGCAUAUCACUAGCCGACGGCCAGCCUUCGAGCAUUUCUGAUCAAAGCUCAACAAAAGUUGCAAGCUGGUUUCGAGUGCCUAAAAAGGAUAUCAAUCUCAAAUCUGUCAAUGAACAGAUAGAAGAGCUAUCGAAAACACAUAAUCACAUCACUACUCAGCUCAACGAGGCCCAGCGUCUUCGUCAACUCAAAGAGCAUGGGCUAGACCCGAGUGAGAUGACCUGGAUUGAUGGCACUAUCUCAGACAUUGAGGACGCAACUUACGAUGUUGCGAUUUUGCUAGAGCCUACGCGUGUCGAGAAAGCGACCAGUAAUGGGAAGCUCAGCCUAGGGACACAGAUCCGUUGGUUCUACCGAGAUAGCCAGCGAGCCCAAGACAAAAAGCAUCGGCUGCUGGCAUGUCAUUCCAGUCUUAUGGCAGUUUUGGCCCGUCUACAACAGGUGGAUAUUCCAGAGGCAAUUGUCGUACAUGAGAUGGGCACGGAGACGUCAUCCAAAAGUAACCUCUGUAGCUCGUCGAGCCUCCAGGGAUCGGUUGAUGGAUUCUAUGAGCCCAUGGAAGGUAGACAGGGCCCAACAGUCUCCGGAUCCCUUACUAGAGAGAUGUAUGAUAUGCUGGCCUGGCGUCAAUCAAAGGGGAACUCCACUCCAUGA